UUUUGACAUAUUUUUUUUAUCAUUCAUCAUCCGAUUCGUGUUUUUAUGGUGCGUGGUGAUAAUUUCUACAGUACAAUGAAAUUCAAUAACUUCUAUUGAUUUCUAGCCCUAAUAGUUCAUUAAUAAUUAAUACCUUCAUAUCAUAUCAGUAUCCACUUUGCCUAGUAUGACCGAACAAGGAGGUGUUGAUCCCCAUUUGCAAGAAUUCAUUCUCGCCGAAACACAAAAACAACGCUUCCAGGUGCUCGUGCACGGGCUGACUGACACCUGCUGGGAAACGUGCAUGGGCCGCCCGACCGCAAGACUCGAACCCAAGACUGAAGCAUGCAUGAUGAACUGUGUGGAACGAUUCAUUGAUGCCACUACAUUCAUCACCAAGAGGCUUAUGAACACCACCAAGUAUCGUUCUGACACCCCUCUUGAAUUCCAAUAAACAAAGAGGCUAUCUAGUAGCAGUUGGGAUUCUGAUUAGUGUAUUGAAGCUACAGACAACAUGUUUUCAUCAAUGAAAGAUUUCCUGUACCGUCACAGAAGGAAGUUCUUUGUGACUGGAGCAGUGGUUGGUGGAGUGUACUUCUUGACAAACUAUGCACAGAAGAAACUUAGGGAAUGGCAAGAGAAAGAGGCAAAGAAGUUCUUUGAAAUGACACGGAAAAAGCAACACUUUGAAAGCACAGAGAGGACCUGCAAUCAAACAAUUAUAACACUAUCCAAAAUAGUGUCAGAAAGCAUUUUGUCCACAUUAAACACCGAAGAGCUGGUUCAACAACUACAGGAGAAUCCUGAGAACAAAGUGGCUCUGUGGGAACAAAUGAAAAUUAUGAUCUUCACACGUAUCUGUGUACUAGUUUAUGCCCUGUCUAUACUGCAAGUGACUCUACGAGUACAACUCAACAUAGUAGGAGGUUACUUGUACCGAGACUCUGCAAGUGAGGGUGCCAACCUCAUUGACAGCUCUCUACAGGCUAAAUACCUCUCCCUCUGCCACCAUUUUGUCUCACAAGGUGUUGAGGAACUUGUUAAACAAAUUGAAAGAGUGGUCCGCCGAGUUGUAGAGCCUGUGUCUCUCAAAAAGAAGAUCACAUUACAGGAAGUGGAGCAGAUGUUUUGGUCCAUUCAGACUAUUCUGUGCACUGACUCAAAUGAGAGUGACCCUGUGAAGAAAAUGGUACACUACUUAGUUGGUCACACUGAAAUCUCUGAGGGUAGACUGGACACACUUGUGAAGGAGACAAUGGACAUCCUGGAGACUGAAGAAGUGACCUCCCUGACCACCUCUUCUGUCGCUCACUGUUUCUCAUCAGUUGUUGAUGAGAUUGCCAACCUUUUCAUAUCAAAGUCAACACCUGCAUCAAAGACUGCCUUGGAACUCGGGGAGAACCAUGUUGUAACAAAUGGCGCAUUGAAAUUGAAUACAUCAGAAGGAUUUGUGGAUGUGAAUAAGGUGGAUUUGUAUUUCGUGAAGCUGUUGCCGGCGGUCAAUGACUUGAUAUCCAAGAACACGUGCAAGGGCGGCACCAACAUUCCAGACAUGCUGACGCAGCAGCUCACGCUCAAUGACAAGCUCAAGGUCCUCGGAGCCAACAUCUAUGAGGAGUUCAGCAGCGAGUGAACUGUGACAUUAGAUGUAAUCGGGUUAUUGGUAAUGUUAAGUACUUAUGGCUGUCUUUUAAAUAUAGGGAUUAGUAGAUAUCUAUCGCUUAUCAUUGAUAAUUGAUAUCUAUGUGUAUUAAAUUUUUAUAGGGCAUACGGUUUUAGUUCUGUAAAUAAUAAUAAUGGACUUCAAAAGAUUACUAUGAACAAAUUUCUUUAUGUACCAGCGUUUAUUGCUAGUCACAAAAUUCAGACUGAAACUAUUUAUCGCUUUUAGGUUUGAUUUGUGUUCACUAGUUCAGUCACAAUUUAAAGCAAACUAUUAUUGUUUAUCGUGCAUUUCAGGAAAUACAAUAAAAUAUUAUGAUUUUUGAAAA